AUGUUUUUCGGUAAGGGCUGCCUGGACCAAGCGGAUUUCCACGAUCGCUUUGAGAAAGAGAUCCUGCGUGAGGACACGAUGGACGGGACACGCCAGGGUGGCAAGUACGGCUGGACAGACAAGACGAUCUGCGAUUUCUACAAAUCACGCAUCGUGCACAACAAGCCGUGGGCAGAAUGCGUGCUCCCGCGCAGUGAUACACCGGACACCAUCGUUCGGGGAGCUCUCAUUGCCUCGUCUUACUUCCUCAGUCCACGCGCUAUGUGCUGCCAAGUGCAGGCGCACUCCAAGGCUUUCACUGGCGAUAGUAGCGUGCAGGCACACUCCGUGGCCUUUGCCGUCCUGCUAGCUGGGAUCAUUCAGGGCUUGCCCUUGGACAAAGGGCUCUCAUGGAGAAUGUACACACAAGCUGGAGACCCACUGCCCUUCUCAUCCGUCCACAGCGACAAAGACCACGACGAGGACUACGGCGACUACACGGAGCCGGACUCUCUGCUUUGGUACGGGAUGCUCGCGGAGGGCGUCCAGAACUGUGCACGAGGCAUCGAGCCUCCCCACCGUGGCGUGGAGCUCUACGGCAAGUGUUGUGCCUUCUAUGGCGUCUUGGGGUCGGCCUACUACUGCGCCGCGCGUUACCCGGACGACUUCGAGAAGGCCGUCCUCUGCAGCCUGAACGGCGGAGGACAGAACACCAUGCGGAGCAGCCUUGUCGGUGCUUUCCUGGGGGCCCAUGUUGGCCUGAAAGGCAUUCCCCAGAAGUUUAUCGAUGGACUUGAAGACCACGACAACAUUGUCUCUUUAGCCAAGCAGGUUGCGCAACAUGCGAUAGAUCGUUCAUCUCCCUCGGAUGCAUGGAAGUGGCCAAGUGACGAGAACCUUCCCGCAAUCGGUGUCAAGAAGCAAUCUGACUGA